AUGUUGCUUGGAAAAAACGGGUGGGACAGAUGCGGCGUAGUUAUUCCUUUCCCAGAUACAGAGAAGGGGUGGCGCCGCCCUACAAGGCUUAUACUUCCGUGGCACGGGUUUCACGGCGCGCGCAAUUAUUGCGGCGUUGUGCAUCAAGUAAUUGCAAAUCUUAUGGCUAACUGGACAGCGUUUCCUGGUAUAGGGAAUGAGCGAGGUAUAGGCGCUUUGUUGUGUAACAAGCGGAUGCAUCAGCGUGCUAUAGCAAUUGGCUGCUGUUCAACAGUGGGUAGUCUUCGCGCGCGCCAGACAUGUAUAAAUACUCGCAAUGCUUCUCUAGCUUGGUGGUUACCACUACUACCUACCGAUGCGGGCAUACUGAAGGUGGAAGCUACGUCACUCCUUGCAAUGACGACGACUGUCCUGGUGUCCCUACUCAGACAGUGUAUGCGGCCUCGUCUACAAACCGACGUUACAAUUGCUCAAGCUCAAGAGAGCCUUACGCCAAGAGCAGGAAACGCUAGGGGGCUAGUUGCUGGGAAGGUGGUUGGGCAUGCGAAGGUGGUUGGGCAUGCGAGGCUGAUUGGCUAA